GAGCAAGAACAGCUUUUGAAGGGACUAUUUCACAUCGAGGGAAUCUGUCACCGCUAACCGGGACAGUCUGUCGCUUCUGUGUUCAUAAAGACAGCUACUCUUGCCGGACUUACAGAUAAUAGCUGCGGUGUAGCUGCGGGGUGCAAUGGAGGAUGGGAAGCCUGUGUGGGCGCCCCACCCAACCGACGGGUUCCAGCUGGGCAUGAUAGUGGAUAUCGGUGCGGAUGCCCUCACCAUAGAACCUCUCAGUCAGAGAGGAAAGACGUUCCUGGCCCCCAUCAAUCAAGUCUUUCCUGCUGAGGACGAUGUGAACAAACAUGUUGAAGACAACUGUUCUCUAAUGUAUUUAAAUGAGGCCACUCUUCUAAACAACAUCUGUGUCCGUUACAGCAAAGACUUGAUCUAUACGUCUGUGGCUAACAUCCUGAUUGCUGUGAACCCGUAUUUCGACAUCCCUAAACUCUACUCCCCAGAGACCAUUAAGAGCUAUCAGGGACGCUCAUUGGGGACACUUCCCCCUCAUGUCUAUGCUAUUGCGGAUAAAGCCUACAGAGACAUGAGGGUUCUGAAGAUGAGUCAGUCCAUCAUUGUGUCUGGUGAAUCGGGUGCUGGAAAAACAGAAAACACUAAGUUUGUUCUCAGGUAUUUAACCACAUCUUAUGGAACAUGUCAAGAUAUAGAUGAGAGGAUUGUUGAGGCCAACCCCUUGCUUGAAGCUUUUGGAAAUGCAAAGACUGUCAGGAACAACAACAGCAGCCGGUUUGGAAAGUUUGUGGAAAUUCACUUUAAUGAGAAGAAUGCAGUUGUGGGCGGAUUUGUCUCACACUAUCUGCUGGAGAAGUCUCGGAUUUGCAUGCAGAGUACAGAAGAGCGAAACUACCAUAUAUUUUACAGACUUUGCGCAGGGGCAUCCGAGGACAUCAGGAACAUGCUUCAUCUCAACUCUCCGGACAACUUCCGGUAUUUGAAUCGUGGCUGCACCCGAUACUUUGCAAACAAGGAUUCAGAUAAACAGAUCAUGCAAAACAGGAAAAGUCCUGAGGAUCAUAAGCACGGGAAGGUGGGUGCCCUGAAGGACCCUCUGCUGGAUGACCUGGGAGACUUCAACAGGAUGGUGGUGGCCAUGAAGAAAAUCGGCCUGGAUGACACAGAGAAGCUCAAUCUCUUCAGAGUGGUGUCUGGUGUCCUUCAUCUCGGCAAUAUCGACUUUGAGGAGGCAGGAAGCUCCUCUGGUGGCUGCAUUUUGAAGAACCAGACCAGUCAGACUCUUGAAUACUGUGCCGAACUCCUGGGCCUGGACCAGGACGACCUGAGAGUCAGCCUCACCACCAGGGUCAUGCUCACCACUGCAGGGGGCGCCAAAGGCACAGUCAUCAAGGUGCCUCUGAAGGUGGAACAGGCCAACAAUGCCCGCGAUGCCCUCGCCAAAACCAUUUACAGCCGGCUCUUUGAUCAUGUGGUCAAACGGGUCAACCAGUGCUUCCCCUUUGAUACGUCCUCCAACUUCAUCGGCGUGCUGGACAUCGCUGGCUUUGAGUAUUUUGAGCACAACAGCUUCGAGCAGUUCUGCAUCAACUAUUGUAACGAAAAGCUGCAGCAGUUUUUUAAUGAACGCAUACUGAAAGAGGAGCAAGAGCUGUAUCAGAAAGAAGGCCUGGGAGUGAAUGAAGUUCAUUAUGUUGAUAAUCAGGACUGCAUAGAUCUGGUUGAGGCAAAGCUGGUGGGUAUCUUGGAUAUUCUGGAUGAGGAGAACCGUCUUCCCCAGCCCAGUGAUCAGCACUUUGCAGAGGCGGUUCACAGCAAGCACAAAGAUCACUUCCGUCUCACUGUGCCCAGGAAGUCAAAGCUUACAAUCCACCGGAAUUUGAGAGAUGAUGAAGGCUUCAUCAUAAGACAUUUUGCUGGCGCCGUGUGCUAUGAGACUACCCAGUUUGUAGAGAAGAAUAAUGACGCCCUCCACAUGUCUUUGGAGAGCCUGGUGUGUGAGUCGAAGGACAAGUUUGUCCGGGAUCUCUUUGAGAACAACUCCAAUUCCAAGGACUCAAAGCAGAAGGCUGGCAAACUCAGCUUUAUCAGUGUGGGAAACAAAUUCAAGACCCAACUGAACCUUCUACUGGAAAAGCUACGCAGUACAGGCUCUAGUUUUAUCCGUUGUGUCAAGCCUAAUCUGAAGAUGGUGAGCCACCAGUUUGAAGGAGCUCAGAUUCUUUCUCAGCUACAGUGCUCGGGCAUGGUAUCAGUGCUGGACCUGAUGCAGGGUGGCUUCCCCUCCCGAGCUCCGUUUCACGAGCUUUACAACAUGUACAAGCAGUACAUGCCCAACAAGCUCACAAGGCUUGAUCCUCGACUCUUUUGCAAAGCUCUGUUUAAAGCACUUGGCCUCAACAAGAAUGAUUACAAGUUUGGCUUGACCAGGGUUUUCUUCCGCCCUGGGAAGUUUGCAGAGUUUGACCAGAUCAUGAAGUCUGAUCCAGAGCACCUGGCCGAGCUUGUAAAGCGGGUCAAUAAGUGGCUGGUGUGCAGCCGCUGGAAAAAGGUCCAGUGGUGCACACUGUCAGUUAUUAAAUUGAGGAACAAAAUGAGCUUCAGGGCCAGUGCCUGCAUCAAGAUUCAGAAGACUGUUCGCAUGUGGCUAUGCAAAAGAAGACACAAGCCUCGCAUUGAUGGCAUGAUGAAGGUGAAAAAUUUGAGGAAGAGGAUGGAGAAAUUCAAUGAAGCUGUGAUUGGACUCAAAGAGGGAAAACAAGAAGUGAGCAAACAGGUUGAGGAACUGGCCGCCUCCACCGACGCCCUCAUGACCAAAAUCAAGUCUACGGUGAUGAGCCGCAAGGAGAUCGAGCAGGAGUAUGAGGGCCUGGUGAAACGCUCGGAGCAGCUCCUCUCCUCAAUGCAGAAGAAGAAGCAGGAGCAGGAGGAGACGGAGCGACUCAAGCGCAUCCAGGAGGAGAUGGAGAGAGAGCGGAAGAGGAGCGAAGAAGAGGAGCAGUUGCGCAAACAGGAGGAAGACGACCGCCGCAUGAAAGCCGAGAUGGAGCAGAAGAGGAAACAAGAGGAAGAGGAGAGAAAGAAAAGAGAAGAGGAAGAGCGAGUCAUGCAGUGUGAACUCAUCCAGGAUGAAGCGCAAAUGGACCCCAGCCUGUGCACUGAUGGUUGUACAGGUGUUUGGUUCUUCACAGAGAUGGGUGCGCAGGUGCAGGCCAACAAGGUGGCAGCCGGGGUGAAGAAGAACGACCUGAGCAAGUGGAAGUACGCUGAGCUGCGAGAUGCCAUCAACACCUCCUGUGAUAUAGAGUUGCUGGCGGCGUGCCGAGAAGAAUUUCAUCGUCGUUUGAAGGUGUACCAUGCCUGGAAAUCAAAGAACAAGAAGCAAAAUACAGACACCGAGAUGAGGGCUCCCAAAUCGGUCACUGACUAUGCCCAACAGAACCCCGCUCCACCCGUCCCAGCCCGGCAGCAAGAGAUCGCGAUGAACCGACAGCAACGUUACUUCCGCAUUCCCUUCAUACGACCCGCGGACCAGUACAAAGACCCCCAGAACAAGAAAAAAGGCUGGUGGUACGCUCACUUUGAUGGGCCCUGGAUCGCCAGGCAGAUGGAGCUUCAUCCAGACAAGCAGCCGAUCCUCUUGGUAGCAGGUAAGGACGACAUGGAGAUGUGUGAGCUGAGUCUGGAGGAGACCGGGCUCACGCGAAAACGUGGAGCGGAGAUCCUCCCGCGCCAGUUUGAGGAGAUCUGGGAGCGCUGUGGCGGAAUCCAGUACCUGAGGAACGCCAUCGAAAGCAAGCAGGCCCGACCCACCUAUGCGACCGCCAUGCUCCAGAACCUUCUCAAUUGAACACCGACCGUUUCUCCUCUUGGUUUACGCUAUCUAUGCACGUGUAGAUGUAGACAGUAAAGUGGUGUAGCUAAAACAAAAGGCUGUACAACUCUAGUGGAAGCAAAUGCUGUCUAAUUGACUUUUUGUUUGUAGUUUGUUCUUCAUUUUGCUGUGAACUUAGAAAUCAGUCUUCAUACAAAUCUGAGCCUUGCUUGAACCUGUUGCUCAGAGAUGCCUUAAGAUUUCAGACCUAAUUCAUAAUUCAAAGGGAUGUUAUUGAAAUAUCACACCCAUGUAAACCGGCUCAUAAAUCUAAAAUACACUAGGUGUAAUCUUUAUAAAAGGACAUUUCAGUGUGUAGCGAUAGACAGUUCUUUAAAACUACACAACAUACUAUGAUAUUGAUAUAAUUAUUAUGAUACUGUCACAACAAUAAACACAACACUCAUGCCUUUGUACUCUUUCAGUCGCAUUAUUGGUAAGGUGAUGUGUGUCAUUUGUUGCAUAUUAAAAUACAAUAACCACAAGGCAUUUCCCUAAAAAUGGCAUUUUAAAAUUGCCUUUGAGCGUCCUGACUAGCCCAUGCAACAUUGGCUCAACCAAUGGCAUGGGUUUAAGGGCAGGACUAUCUGUUCAUUUGACAAAUGGCAACUGGAGGCAGUGUUUAUGCCUUUUUUCGCAGUUCCAUUAGCUAGUGCCGCAGAAAUGACACACUUCAACUUUUAAAAAAUACAAUUCUCAUAAGACCUAAAAGGUCAUUAUUGUGGAGAAACAUUUAAUAUUUUAAUACACUGAAUAACUAUUCAAAGUAUCUUUAAUCUAAUCAGAUGAUGGUGGGAAAGGUUAAUGAGGAACAUGCACUGGAAUAUCAUUAGGUUGUAAAUGUGGUAACAAUGGCAGUGUUGUUUCCAAAACAUACACCAUCUGAAAUUGCCUUUACAUAUAUUUGAUAAUGAAUUUUAUAGAUGCACUUAAAAGCAGCUUCGGUUCAUUAAAAGGGGAUAGUCACUGCUGUCGUGCAUGGUUUUGCUCAGCAAUUUUGUACUUAAAUCAUGGUGAUAUGCUAAAGGGCAUAUUCAUUUCUGUUCAGUGAACUGAUAAUGGCACCUUUGUUAAUGAUUUGCUGUGAAUUCUCUCAGCGUGUGUGGUAGAUUUCUCUCAUUUUUACAUUUCUGUACCGACUCAAGGAAAAAAAUGUGUUUAAAUGAGCUUGUACACUCUGGAGUGUCUCGUUAUGCACUCCUCUGGCCCUUUAAUAUCUCAUUUGGUAAUAACUGCCUGAAGAACGGAAGCAAUGGAAACAGCAAUGACAUUCUAAACAUUCUGCAAACUUGGUACAGACCAAAUUGCAGCAUUUGAUCAAUUUGCUGUCAUUAUCCAGACUUAGUUUAUUCAUAUGCUAAUGUUUUUCUCCAUUGAGCCCUUUCCAAAUAAAAAGGUGUCAUCUCAAACUGUAAGUUUAUCCAUAUUAUAAUUGUUAAUUAUUUGUUUCUUGACUGUCGUUUAUCUUUGAUGUGUCUGGGUUAAAUAUACUCUGAUUUUCUUAUUUUUGACUGGCCACUGUUACUCUGAUCACUUUGCUAGACCAAAAUAAACAUUCCAUAUGAAAUCUGGGUUAUGUUUAGAUCUUUGCCUUUGUAGUCAUAAAGAGUUUUAGCUUUACUCGGGGACCCUGACUAUUAUCUUUUAAAGUCAUCAUGAACGAUUGUUCAGCACAUGAA